CCCCUUGUUAGUCGGAAUGGACUAGUCCACAUCCAAGAUGGCGGCCUGGUGGAGGAAAAAUCGGAACUUUCUCCAAUUUCUUGUUGUUUUUGUCACUUUCUGCCACUUUAGAGUGUCUGCACAAGAUGUGGAAGAAGCUGUGAAGUGUGAAGAUCUUAAAACAGGACAGUACCACUGUCCCCAGCCUGCUAUAGACACAGACACACAGUCAGCCCUGGGCUGCAGAAAGGAGGGACUGGUCACAGUGUGGUGUUCGGCAGCUCCAGGCAUCAACUGUACAGGAGACCUGAAGAAGGAUGUACCAUGUAGAUAUACGAAUGGGUACCACUAUGAUAUUGCACUGUUGACAUCAAUAUUCCUGGGCAUGUUGGGAGUGGACAGGUUUUACCUGGGAUAUCCGGCAAUAGGGUUGUUAAAGUUGUGCACUUUGGGGUUCAUGUUCUUGGGUCAACUAGUGGACAUCAUACUGAUAGCUACACAGGUUGUAGGUCCUUCUGAUGGCUCCAAGUAUGUCAUCAACUACUAUGGACCUGGUCUGUCUCACAUCUACAUGGACAAUCACACUUACCUAAAACCACAGGAAGACUGGACACUGUCAUAGCAACCAUAGAACAUGUCUGGACUUUCAACUCCUUAUAAAACACAGGGCAGCAAGUUUCCUGAAAUAUUCUUGUUCGUCCGUCGGCAUCGACGAUGACCAAUGACAUAGCCACCACAGAACAUGUGUGCAGUAUUGUUUUUUUUCUCUUCUUCAUUCCUCUCAAACAUACAAGGCAAGUUUCCUUGUUGCGUGCUGUAAGAUUUUUGCUGCAUAAAUUCAGUUCAUCUUCUGUGAGGUGACGCAAGUUUUGUCACAAGUCCCUGUCAGAACAAAGCCCAUCCUCCGGUAAACCAGCAUCCUCCUUGAUCACCUUCUGAAGGGCCAAUGAAGGAUGAUCACAUAUAUGUGCUUCAUAUCCAGUGUCUGGAGGUACAUGGAAAGGCCUUUGACUUUGUGUGCAAUGUCCAAAGUUUUUUUGUGGGGGGAGGGGGGAUUUGGGCAGAGCUUGUCAGAGCAGACUUUUUUUUAUUGACAAGGCUCCCCCAAAUAUGUGACCAGGUUGGCAGGUGAGAGAUUCGAAGCUCACCCAUGUGGGUGGUCACCAGUGUGCUCACCCACCAACAUGCACUACCAUAGUGUAACUACUAUAAGUCUUACACAAACAGUCAUUCUCAUUUAUCUGGUUUUAUACAGCACUGAGCAUGGUUGUCUCAAUCAGCUGCCCUUGAAAAUCACAGAUAACUGGCACAGUUGAACAAUGUACAUGCAGGGCUCGAAAUACUGGGUGCAGGUACACCCAUAAUUGGAACUGUGC